CACACCAAUUGGCGCGUUUCUUACUGUGAAACUGCUCCUGAAUUUCGGCCAAUGAGAAGUCGACUUCGUUUCCCUCCAGUGGCAGUCAUGGCGCCACCCGUGAGGUACUGCAUUCCGGGCGAACGUCUGUGUAACUUGGAGGAGGGCAGCCCGGGCAGCGGCACUUACACCCGACAUGGCUACAUCUUUUCGUCGCUUGCUGGCUGCCUGACGAAGAGCAGCGAGAACGGCGCGCUUCCUGUCAUUUCUGUCAUGAGAGAAACAGAGUCCCAAUUACUACCAGAUGUGGGGGCUAUUGUAACCUGUAAGGUCUCUAGCAUCAAUUCGCGCUUUGCCAAAGUGCACAUCCUGUAUGUAGGGUCCACACCACUUAAGAACUCUUUUCGAGGAACUAUCCGCAAGGAAGAUGUCCGAGCUACUGAAAAAGACAAGGUUGAGAUUUAUAAGAGUUUCCGCCCAGGUGACAUUGUCUUGGCCAAAGUGAUCUCCCUGGGUGAUGCACAGUCCAACUACCUCCUGACCACUGCUGAGAAUGAACUUGGGGUGGUGGUGGCCCACAGUGAAUCGGGUGUCCAGAUGGUUCCCAUUAGCUGGUGUGAGAUGCAGUGCCCUAAGACCCACACUAAAGAAUUCCGGAAAGUGGCCCGAGUACAACCUGAAUUCUUGCAGACCUAAGAAGCCACAUUUUACCCCAUGGAGAGGGGUAAGCCGUUUCUAAGAGUACAUGUAUAAACCCAACAUCAAGAUGCCAUUGUCUUUAUUCAGACACCUGGGGUUGGCCAACAACCACCUUUAGAAAAACCUGCUAGCAGCUUCCGCUGUAGGUGGAAUAUUUUUCUUAUGAACCUUUCAGUGCAUUUUAAGUGAUCAAUUUCUCUUUUGGAGGAGCCAGCAAACAAACUGUAUAAUGUUGGAAGUAGCCUGUUCCUUCUAACAGUCUUGCAAAUACAUAUUUUUGGCUGUGACAAAGAAAACAUUUUUACUAAAAGGA